CGCACGAGGGGGGUGAGCAGAGGCAUUCCUCGUUCCUCUCUCUAUUCUUCUCUGUCUGCCGACUGAUGCUCGCGCGUUCACUCAGCGCAGAUAUGAGCGCAGAUCGCAGUGAAGUUUGAAGAAGACAGAGAGCAGCGCGCGGUCGGAUUAUUAUUUACAUCAAACUUGCUGCAUAACUCGUCCGGCGUUUGCCUUGAGAGUUCCUAACUUUCUCUUUCAUCCGUUUGGUUUGACCAUGGGCUUUUCUCGGAAAAAGGCGUUUUAUUGGCCCGUUUGGUCGUUUGCUGUUGUUUUUGUGAUUUUGAGUCAGCGUUGUCAUGGAAGUUGUUCAGAAAAGGAGCUGGAAAAGCGAGAAGAAGAGGCGUAUAUAGUUUUAACUGGGACUGUAGAGGAGAUCUUGAACAUGGAUCCGGUGCACAACACUUAUUCCUGCAAGGUCAGGGUAUGGCGUUACCUAAAAGGCAAGACCAUGGUGAAUGGAGAGGUGCUGCUGGACGGAGGAAACAAGGUGAUGAUCGGCGGUUUCGGAGACCCCCAUAUUUGCGACAAUCAGGUGGCCACCGGAGAUACGCGCAUUUUCUUUGUCAACCUGGCCCCUGAGUUCAUGUGGCCGAGCCACAAGAACGAACUGAUGCUCAACUCGAGCCUGAUGAGGAUUACUCUCCGCAACUUGGAGGAGGUGGAGCACUGCGUUGAAGAUAAACCUGUUCACUUCACACCGGCUCCUCCUCCUGAUGGUUGCAGAGGAAAGCUGUGUGGAUUUGGAGCGGUGUGUGAGAGAGACCCGACUGACCCCUCUAAAGGAGAGUGUGUUUGUAAGAAGAUUGUAUGCACGUCUGUGGUGGCGCCGGUGUGCGGAUCUGACUCCUCUACCUAUUCCAAUGAGUGUGAGCUGGAGAAGGCCCAGUGCAAUACACAGAGACGCAUCAAGGUGAUGCGCAAAGGCCCCUGUGACCUGAAGGACCCAUGCAGUGAGGUGACCUGUAGCUUUGGCAGCACCUGCAUCCAGUCAUCCGAUGGUCUGUCCGCCAAGUGCAUGUGUCCUCUGAGUUGUGAGAACGUCCCCAAGCACGUGGUGUGUGGCAGCGACGGCCUGGACUACCAAAGUGAAUGUGAGCUCCACAUGAAAGCCUGCGCCACUCAGAAGAACAUCCGCGUGCAUCACCAAGGCCGCUGCGAUCCUUGCAGUGACACUCUGAACAGCUUGAGUGUGGCCUGUCGGGUGAACCCAAAGACCUACAAGCAGUUUACCUUCGCCCCAGCCGAUUCCUGCCCGCCCGACAGUACACCCAUCUGCGCCAGCGACGGCCACACUUACUAUAGCGAGUGUCAGAUGGAGCGGACGGCCCUGCAGAACAACCUGGAGCUCAAGAAGGUCUCUUCAGGCAGCUGCAAGGAGAACGGGGGCUGCCCGAACGGUUGUAAGUUCAACGCCAUGUGUUUGCUGGAAAACGGAGAGUUUCAGUGUUCCUGCGACCCCAUACAAUGUGACGGCACGUACAAGCCCCUGUGCGGAAAGGAUGGAAAGACAUACCCCAACGACUGCGAGAGGAAACUCGAAGAGUGCCGGACCGAAACAGACAUCCCCAUCAAGCAACAAGGGCCCUGUGGAUGGUUGGAGUGGCCCUCCCUGCAGCUUCAGCCCUCAUGGCACUAUUUGGAAGGGAAUCACACUUCCUUUUCAGCAGAUGAGUCCUGCAACAACUGCUCGUUUGGCGCGAUCUGCGACGCUCAGACUGGCCGGUGCGUGUGCCCCAAAGGGUGUUUGGAAACACGGCAGCCCGUGUGCGGCAGCGACGGGAUGACGUACGAGAACGAGUGCAAGCUGAACGUGGAAGCCUGCACUAAGCAGCUGGAUCUCAGAGUGGUGGCCCAUGGAGAAUGCAAAACCUGUGGCAGCACUGUGUGUAGCUGGGGAGCACGGUGCGUGCAGAACCAGUGUGAGUGUCAGCAGUGCACGGGUCAGCCAGUGAAACCCGUGUGCGGCAGUGACGGCAACACCUACAACAACGACUGUGAGCUGCGGCUGGCCUCCUGCAAGAAACAGAGGAAGAUUGAGGUGGCCAAACCUGGCAUCUGUGAUGAAGACUGCGGUUCAGGAGGCUCAGGUUCAGGAUCUGAAACCUGCGAGCAGGAUCGUUGUCGACGAUACGGCGGAUCAUGGGAUGACGACACAGAGGAUGACCGCUGCGUGUGUGACUUCACCUGUCAAACAGUGCCGCGCAGCUCAGUGUGCGGCUCUGAUGGGAACACAUACACCAGCGAGUGUGAGCUGAAGAAGGCCAGGUGUGAGAAGCAAAUGGACUUGCUGCUCCAGAGCCAAGGUCCCUGCUCAGCUAUCAUAUCAGCUCCUACAGAGCUCGUCGCCUCCCAGCACUGUAGCGAAACUGUUUACGGAUGCUGCCAAGACAAUAAGACCGCUGCCCUGGGUGUUGGACUGGCUGGGUGUCCUAGUGUGUGUCAGUGUAAUCAUUACGGCUCAUACGGAGGCACCUGCGACCCGUCCACCGGCCAGUGCUCCUGUAAACCCGGCGUCGGGGGACUCAAGUGCGACCGCUGUGAGCCCGGAUUCUGGAACUUCCGAGGCAUCGUUACAGAGAACAUGAGUGGCUGCACACCGUGUAACUGUGAUGGAGUGGGUUCGGUUCGUGACGACUGUGAGCAGAUGUCAGGGCUGUGCUCAUGUAAGCCUGGAGUUAAGGGCAUGAAAUGCAACGUGUGCCCCGACGGCAGCAAGAUGGGAGCCAACGGCUGUGACAAAGGACCUGAGGCACCCAAGUCCUGUGAUGAGCUUGUGUGCCACUUUGGGGCAUCAUGUGUGGAGGUGAACGGACAGGCUCACUGUGAGUGCCCGUCGCCAGAUUGUGAUGAGAAAAACAAGACCAAGGUAUGUGGUUCUGAUGGGGUCACCUAUGCAGACCGAUGCCAGCUGAGGACUAUCGCAUGCAGACAAGAUAAAGAGAUCACUGUGGAGCAUUUAGGCCAGUGCAAAGAAUCCAUUGAGCUGACGGCCAAACCCACCCCCUUCCCAACCACCCACCGCACCACCCCUCCCACCGCUCACGUCAAGAUCACCAAACAGCGCCAUGGCCACACCACCACCACUACUUCAAGCAUUCUCAAGGAUCUGGACAGCUUCGUGGUGGAGGCACUGCCUCCACCGAAGGUGGUCGAGGCAGGAAAGUACUCCAGCACUUUCACCACCCACCGCCCCACCACACUCAACAAACCACCCCGCACCUCAUCCCCACCCCUGGACUCCAGCCCUGACUUUGACGAAUCGGGCAGUGGAGAGCCCAGUGGGGACGACGAGAUGGUGAGCGGAAUGGCGGAGAGCGGAGAAGAGCCACUUGGUACAACAGUAGCAACUACCACUCUUCCCACAGCCGAAGAACGGUCUUCCUGUGACAACACACCUUUCGGCUGCUGUCCCGAUGGGAAGACGGCCGCCAUCAGCUCUGAGAAUACAAACUGCCCCUCCACCAUGCGUUUCAGUGGCUUCCUGCACCUGGAUAAGGUAGAGGGUCAGGAGGUCUUCUACACGCCUGAGAUGGAAGACCCCAAGUCAGAGCUGUUCGGCGAAACGGCUCGGAGCAUCGAAAGUGCUCUGAAUGAGUUGUUCCGCAAGUCAGAUGUGCAGAAAGACUUCCAGAGUGUCCGUGUGAAGAAUCUGGCCCCCAGCAACUCCAUAAUUGCCUUUAUCGAGGUUCACUUUGACCCAGACACAAGGUUCAGUGUGGAGGCUAUUGAGGGAGCCCUUCUCAAACAGCUCAAGGCGUCUAAAGACACUGGUAUCCUUGUGAAGAAACCUGAGGAAGAGAACAUCCGCAUCACCACCUAUGGCCUUUCAGCUGUUCCUUUCUUCACCACCACCACGACCACCGUAGCGUCAGUCACAACUCCCACCACCACUACGCUGUCUCCCACUUCUGCAUUUACCACGCUCCGCCCAACCACCACCAGAUGGCCCUUCACCAGCCGCAGGACCACCACAGAUGCACCAGCCACCACCACUCCAUCCAAGGCCCCCACAACCACAGUCUCGCUGAAGAACAGACUGGCGGUCCACGGCAACAAGCCGUGCGACUCCCAGCCCUGCCGUCACGGUGGAACCUGCGAGGAGGAGGACAAUGACUUCACCUGUAUCUGUCCUGCAGGAAGAGGAGGAGCUGUGUGCGAGAAAGUUAUAAAGUACUUCAUACCAUCCUUUGGUGGCAAGUCUUACCUGGCUUUCCGAACCAUGAGGGCCUACCACACUGUGCGAAUUGCCAUGGAGUUCAGAGCUUCGGAAAUGACAGGGAUAUUGCUGUAUAAUGGCCAAAAGGGCAAAAAGGACUUCUUGUCUCUGGCACUGAUUGAGGGACAUGUGGAGCUCAGGUUUAACACUGGUUCUGGGACGGCUUCAGUGAUCAGUAAGGUCCUGGUAAGACCGGGUCGCUGGCAUCAGCUCGUAGUAGUGCGUAACAGGCGUAAUGCCAUGCUGAGCGUGGACAAUGAGCCGAGCGUUGAAGGACAAAGUCCCCCAGGAACAGAUGGACUCAACCUGGACACAGACCUUUUCAUCGGAGGAGUGCUUGAAGACAUGAUACCAGAUGUAAAGGAGAGGACGUCAGUUUCCACAGGCCUGGUGGGCUGCAUCCGCAUGCUGGACGUCAACAACUUGUUCUAUAACCUGCAAGAGAAUGGCGACAGCGUUUUGUACGGCUCAGGCGUGGGUGAGUGCGGCAACAAUCCAUGCAUGCCGAACCCCUGCAAGAACGGAGCCUCCUGCCAGGUCAAAGAAGCCGAGAUGUUCCACUGCAAAUGUGUCAAUGGUUUCUCUGGUCCUACCUGCGCUGACGCCCACAACCCUUGCGACCCCAAUAAAUGCCACCCGUCAUCGCGGUGCCAGGUCCUUCCGGAGGGAGGUUACAAAUGCGAAUGUCCAAUGGGACGUGAAGGCAAGCACUGUGAAAAAGUGUCAGACAAGGGAGGCGCUUUCAUUCCUUACUUUACUGGAGAUUCUUUCCUGGAGCUCAAGGGCCUUCAUCUCUACGGCCAGGAUCUGAGGCAAAAGUUCAGCAUGACUGUGGUUCUGUUGGCCAAUGACUCCAAAGGCAUGAUCUUCUACAACGGUCAAAAGACUGACGGCAAAGGAGAUUUCAUCUCUCUCUCCCUGAAUGAUGGUAUCUUGGAGUUUAGAUAUGACCUGGGCAAAGGACCAGCUGUCAUUAGGAGUAAAGAAAAAAUCAAGCUGAACGAAUGGAGCACAGUGAAUCUGGAGAGGGCCAGCAGAAAAGGAGAGAUCAGCAUUAACGGCAAAGACCCCGUCAGAGGAGAAGCGCCGAAUCAGCACACAGAUCUUAAUCUGAAGGAGUCGCUCUUUGUGGGCGGAGCCCCUGAUUUCCGCAAAGUAGCCAGAGCUGCUGCGAUCAAAGAUGGCUUCAAAGGGGCCAUUCAGAAGAUUACUCUGAUGGGAAUUCCAAUCCUGAAAUCUGAUAACGCCCUUCACUCCAGUGAUGUGUCCAUGUAUCCCUACCACCCCUGCUCCAAAGAUGUUUGUGAGAACGGAGGCCGCUGCAACCCUCUGUUGGACAGCUACGAGUGCGUCUGCCGCCACGGAUUCACUGGACAGCACUGCCAGGACGCAAUAAUCGAGAAAUCUGCUGGGGACACCGAGGCCAUUGCGUUCGAUGGUCAUACUUUCAUUGAAUAUCACAACGGAGUCACCAAGAGCGAGAAGGCCCUGCUGGUGAAUAAAUUUGAACUGAGCAUCAGGACUGAGGCUACUCACGGUCUGAUUUUGUGGAGCGGCAAGGGAGUGGAGCGAUCCGAUUACAUCGCCCUCGCAAUUGUGGACGGCCGUGUGCAGAUGACCUAUGACCUUGGCUCCAAGCCUGUGGUGCUGCGCUCCUCUGUACGGGUCAACACCAACCGCUGGAUACGAAUCAAGGCCAGCAGAGCGCUCAGAGACGGCUCGCUGCAGGUUGGUAAUGAGGCAGCUGUCACUGGGUCAUCACCCUUGGCGGCCACACAGCUGGACACAGACGGCGCUCUCUGGUUGGGUGGUCUGGAGGAGCUGUCCGUAGCUCGCCGGUUGCCCAAGGCUUACAGCACAGGCUUUGUUGGCUGCGUGAAAGACGUGAUAGUCGACGGGGUGGAACUACAUCUGGUUGAGGACGCCUUAAACAGUCCCAAAAUUGUACACUGUUCUGCCAAAUAGGCUGUCACCACGUUCCUCCCAACACCAUGUCUACUGCUGUAAUUAUUUUUCUAU